CCCGGAAGUACAAUCCAGACAAUCACCUGCAACAGUGUUGAACAGCGAAAGUACAAUGAAAACAAAGAUAAUUUUUUUGUUAGUUUUAAAUUUUAUAGUAAUUUCUGUUGGACAGGAUAAUCAACCAGUUAUAACAUCAGAUUCAGAUACAGAAAAUCCAACAAAAUCUUUGGAGAAUGGUGUGAAAGGACUUGUAAAAAUUGUUCAUAGUUUUUUAAAAACAGUGCAAAGUGAAGAUUUCGUUGGAAAAACUUCAGGGCCAAUUUCAUUUACUGAUGUUCAAAAAAUAAUAACAGAUCAAAAGUUUGGUGAACUUUCUAGUAGAUGGAGAGAUUUGGUAGCAGUAUUUGGAGGGUUUGCUGCCUGUGUAGUGAUAGGACUGUUGUUUGUAUUCUGUAUGCCAUUGGCUGGUUGUAUAACAUGUUGUUGUUACUGUUGCUGUAAGAAAUGUGGGAAAGCCUCAUCAAAAGAAGAUCCAAAGAAUGCCAAAUGUAAAAGAGUUACAUUUGCAUCCUUCUUGUUUAUAUUUACUGUGUUAAUUUUAGUUGGUGCUAUAUUUUCUGUGAUAUCCAAUGAAAUCCUACAUUCCAAAUUAGAAAAUGUCAAUGACCAGGGACCAAUUGGACAAGUAAAGUCAUCGCUGAAUGGUUUAGUAGAUUUUGCUGGAGAGACUGCAGAUGAAAUUGUAAAAUCCUCUGAAACUACUGUUAAAGACACAGUGAAAGAACUAUUAAAAAUAAUUAAAGGUGCAUCUGAACAAACUGUAGAAGAUAUACAGAAUUCCCUUAAUGCUACAGACCUUUUGAACCAGGUAGAGAGUUUAGGACAAAAUGCUAACAUAUCUGCUGAAAGUCUUACUGUUGUUACUAGAGAAGUCACAGCCCUGAAGGAUCUAGGAGGAAAUACUACACAGAAAUUAAAUGAUGUGAGAAAUAAUAUCACAGCGAUUUGCAAUGGUUCCAAUAUUCCAAAAUGUCCCAGCACAAGUGGUCUUAAUUUGGCAACAGAUUUCUCACAGCUGGACAAUUUAGCAAAUAUUGGUAAUAUAGUACAAACUGUUACAGAUAUUUCUACCAAGGCUAGUCAAGCAAGGGAACAAUUUGAUGAUGUAAAGGAUGAAAUUCAGACAAAGUUGGCAACAACUAUAACUAAGGCAGAAAAAAAGACUAAUGAAACAAGAGACGAUAUAUUGAAGGAAAUUCCAAGCAUAAAAGAUACCCUGAAUAAUAUAACAAAAAAUCUGAACUUGACCGAUGGUCUUAAUGAUGCAGAUGAGUCUAUAAAGCAAUAUGGAGAUUAUGUAUGGUAUGCUUUCAUAGGUGUGCCUUGCCUAACUUUGUUAGUGGUCGUCUUUUACCUGUUUGGUCUACUGUUUGGUCUAUGUGGAGAAAGGCCUGGACGUGAUGCCAGAUGCUGUAACAAAGGAGCUGGAAGUAAUAUGCUUUGUUGUGGUGUGCUAUGUUCCUAUUUGAUUGGGAGUUUGAUUAUGUUUGUAGUAAUUUUAAUGUUUAUACCAUUUGGAUUACUGUAUACCAAUGGAUGUCGAUACCUCAAUGAUGGAGUAGAAAAUAUAGAGAGAUUUGAGUUUGUAGUCAGUGAAUCUAUGGGAUAUAAUAUAUCUGCAUUUAUUGAUCCAAAUGGAAAAUCUGCAGGCAAUAUAACUGUUGGAAAGAUUUUGGGAAACUGUAAGAAAAAUAUGGGAGUAUACAAUGCUUUCCAUUUGGAAAAUUUAUUUUCAUUGGAUGAAAUUCUGAAUAUGACUAGAAUCACUUCUGAAAUUGACAAAAUUGUUGAGGAAGGCAGCAAAGCUAGUUUAGGAAAUAUUAGUAUCAUUCCAGCUGAUUUAAAGGAGCAGUUAAACAAAUUUUCAACAUCAGGAAUAACCAAUAUUAACUUUACACAAUAUGAUGAUGUGUUAGACCAGGCAAGUGUACCAAAUUUGUCUUCAAUAAUGGAUGAAUUGAAUAGAACAGCUAUGGAGUUACGAAAAAAUAACCAGGAUACAUUAGCUACACAGCUCAUGAAUGAAUGGGAAACACUAUUGAGUAUUCAGCAACAUGAAAUACCACUCAUUAAUCAAGCCAAGGGAAACCUGACGGGAGCUCUUGAUAAUUUGAGGAACCAGACAAAUUUAAGUGAACAAGUUCAGAAUGUAAUAGACAGCUUAACCACAUCUCAGAAUACUUUCAACAGAGACUCGACAGGAAUAUUGAAGGAGGGUUUAGUGGCCACUUCACAAAAGCUUGUGAACACAGUCUCAGACCAGUUGAACAAAGUCAAAACAGAUAUAAGAUCAUAUGGAAAGUGUGAGCCAGUCUAUAAGAAUGUACAGAAGUUAUCUGAUGCUUUCUGUGUCACAUUUUUAGAUCCUGUGAAUUCCAUAUGGUUUGGAUUAGGCUGGGGGCUAGCCUUCUUUAUACCAGCUAUUAUAUUUGCCCUUCUGACUGCCAAUCUGUACCAGAGAGAAGAACCAUAUGAUACAGGUUUCCACAGAACAAGAAAAAUGUUGAAGGCGAGGGAUAAAGAGGAAUCUACAUUUGACAAUCCUGACAUUGAUAGGUAUCAAGGUCAAGGUUAUGAUGCAUAUGGUGGACCAGGAGCAGACAACAUUCCACUGACAGGCGUGGGUCAGCAACGUGACAGAAAUCAUAGUAGUGGUGGUGGUGGUGGUGUGCCUAAUCAAGGUUACUAUUCUCCUGAACAUCGAGGAGGUUAUCCAGAUCACCGUAAUAGUCGUUAUUCCGAUCACAGACAAAGUGGAGGUUAUCCUGAUCACAGAAAUAGUGGCGGUUACCCCUCUGCACCCCCUCCUUAUAAUGGACAUGGCUAUGAUGAUGAUGCGAGAGGUCCUGCUAAUAAAUAUAGAAAACCCCAAUAUUAAAAUGUAUCUAUGUAUUGGUAGUAUGAGAGAAACAGACACAGUUUCAACUAGUUUAUACCUGUGGAGGGGAACAUUUCCAAACUAGUCCAUUCCAGUCUUGUGUACAGUGUCCUCAUAAUCAUAUCAUUGUUUCUAGAUUGAUAUCAUCUUAUCUUCCUAUUGUGCUAACAUGGCAUCACAUAUGUCCCUCUUUAAAGUGAAAUGCCAACAAAAAAUUCCUCAUUAAAAAAGACAUGACGCAUGUUUAUUGGAUAAUAUUGUUUUUGCAAUAUGUAUAUUUUUGAAAAUGGCAUCCAUAAUAAUAGAUUUUUAUGUCUAAGAUGCAAUGACCAAUUCUUGCCAGACAUACAGUCAAGUCUGAUAAUUUUGUUUAUCCAAUAUGUCUGUUCUUUUCAUUAACUUCAUGGACAAAUAGGACGGACAAAAUUACCAGCCUACAUUGUUUUAUUUUUAUAACUAAAUUUAUUAUAUGAUAACAAUAACCAGAUUAGUGUAUUAUAUAAUUGAUAUAAACAGAUUGUUAUGUCUAACUCAAAGAGAUUUGAUAAUUGGUCAUCAAAUUUCAAUCAAAUCAUGGGGAAAAAUGUUUUUUUGGUGAUUUUAUGAUUAAACAUUGCAAAUUGUCAUACAAUUUUUUUGCGAAAACAAUAUCAAAAUUACGUGUAAAUUAUUUUGAAUAUUUUUUGUUGUGUUAGUGUAAAUUUUUGCUUUUCCUAUUGAAUACAUGUUGGGUUAUUAUUAUUUAGGUGUUUAAUGCAAGUUUCUUCAAAAAUUGCUUGGAGAAAUAAAUGACUUGUUUUGUUUGAGGUCCAAUUUAUAUUUUAUCAAUACAGAAAACCUUUAUUUUCGACAUAGAAGAUAUAUAUUUGUAAGUCUAAAUAGAAAGAUUUUUUAUUGACAAUGAAUCUGUUUUUGAAGGUACACAAAAUUGAAACGUAUCUAAACUCUACCUAUUCUCUUUCAAACCAUCAGACAGGCUUUUCAUUCCAUAUGUCAAGUUUUUCAAAGAUUCUUAGACAAGUAUUAUUGAGCUGCAUAAUAAUGAUAAAUAGUAUUGAUAAAAGAAGAUUUAUGAGCCAAAUAAUUUUGCAUAAUAAGCAUUCCAUAUCUUUUCCUGCUCAAUUGUUCUCUUUACAGCCAGGUUCUCAGGGAUGACUGGUUUAUUUGGGGUUCAUAAUCUUUUUGACAAUCAGUUCUUUAAAAUUGACAUAUCAUUUUGCUGUCGUGAAGAAAAGAGAAAUAUAAUAGGUUUUGAUCACUGUUUGGUCAUAAGUGUUGAAAUUUUACAACCAUACAGAUGUAUAGUGGUAGAGCUAUAUAGCAUAUUCCAAAAGGGAAAGUUACAUGAAAAUGUAUCACUUCUGCACUUGUAGAAAAAAAACGAUUCAAUAAAUUCAGGAAUGUAUAUCAGCUUUUUUGACUUGAUUUGUACUUUUAUGCAAAUUCAUAGCAAUUUAUUUGCUACUUCAUAAUGUAUGUAAUACAUGCUUUAUGUUAUAUUAUCAAAAACACACUAUACCAUAGGAAAAGGGAAGGCAUUUUUAUACGACCGCAAACAAAUUUUUGUGGUCAUAUAUUGGUAUGAUGUUGGCGUCGUCGUCGUCCGGCGUCGUUGUCCGAAGACACAGUAGUUUUCGCACUCUAACUUUAGUUUAAGUGAAUGGAUCUCAAUGAAAUUUUACCAUAAGGUUCAAUACCACAAAAGGAAGGUGGGGAUUGAUUUUGGGGGUUAUGGUACCAACAGUUAAGGAAUUAGGGGCCAAAAAUAAGCAUUUUUUUAACUUCCAGACAUAACUUGUAUGUAAGUGUAUGGAUCUCUCUGACAUUGUACCACAAGGUUCCAUAUCACAAAGGGAGUGCUGGGAUUGAUUUUGGGGGUAAUUGCCUCCAAAUUUUAGGAAUUAGGGGCCAAAAAGGGGCAAAAAACAAGCAUUUUUCUAGUUUCAUGACAAUAACUUGUGUGUGAGUCUAUGGAUCUCUCUGACAUUGUAUCACAAGGUUCCAUAUCACAAAGGGAAUGCUGGCAUUGAUUUUGGGGGUAAUUGCCUCCAAAUUUUAGGAAUUAGGGGCCAAAAAGGGGCAAAAAACAAGCAUUUUUCUAGUUUCAUGACAAUAACUUGUGUGUAAGUAUAUGGAUCUUUAUGAAAUUGUACUACAAGGUUCCAUAUCACAUAGGGAAAGCUGGAAUUGAGUUUGGGGGUAAUUGCCCAAAAAGUUUAGGAAUAAGGGGCCAAAAAUAAGCAUUUUUCUAGUUUCCAGACAAUAACUUGUGUUCGAGUGUAUGGAUCUCUCUGAAAUUGUACUGCAAGGUACCAUACUACAAAGGGAAGGCUGGGAUUGAUUUUGGGGGUAAUUCCCUCAAAAUUUAAGUAAUUAGGGGCCAUUAAAGGGCAAAAAAACAAGCAUUUUUCUAGUUUCAGGACAAUAACUUGUGUGUAAGUGUAUGGAUGUUUAUGAAAUUGUACUGCAAGGUUCCAUAUCACAUAGGGAAAGCUGGAAUUGAGUUUGGGGGUAAUUGCCCAAAAAGUUUAGGAAUAAGGGGCCAAAAAUAAGCAUUUUUCUAGUUUCCAGACAAUAACUUGUGUUCGAGUGUAUGGAUCUCUCUGAAAUUGUACUGCAAGGUACCAUACUACAAAGGGAAGGCUGGGAUUGAUUUUGGGGGUAAUUCCCUCAAAAUUUAAGUAAUUAGGGGCCAUUAAAGGGCAAAAAAACAAGCAUUUUUCUAGUUUCAGGACAAUAACUUGUGUGUAAGUGUAUGGAUGUUUAUGAAAUUGUACUGCAAGGUUCCAUAUCACAAAGGGAAAGCUGGGUUUGAGAUUGGGGGUAAUUGCCCUAAACGUUUAGGAAUUUGGGGCCAAAAAGGGGCAAAAAAACAAGCAUUUUUCUAGUUUCCAGACAAUAACUUGUGUUCAAGUGUAUGGAUCUCUCUGAAAUUGUACUGCAAGGUACCAUACCACAAAGGGAAGGCUGGGAUUGAGUUUGGGGGUGAUGAAUCAAAAGGGGAUUCAAAACAUAUGGGGGGAGGGAUUUUUUUUUCCUUUUUUUUUCUUUAAAAUUUUCCAUUUUAAAUUGGUUAUUUCUGAUUUAUAUAUAAAAGCAAAUAAUAAUGAUAUGGUUUGAAUAGGUAAAUUAAAAAAUUUUAAGUUCUUGGACCACUCUCAUUCUGUGUCAGAAACCUAUGCUGUGUCAAAUAUUUAAUUACAAUCCAAAUUCAGUGCUGUAUCAAGCUUGAAUGUUGUGUCCAUACUUGCCCCAACUGUUUAGGGUUCGACCUCUGGGGUCAUAUCAAGCUGCGCCCCAGCAGAGCAUUUUUUUAUGGUUUAUCCUCUCCUGAAGUGUAUAAUCAUGAGAUGUUAAGAAUGUUUUAUCCUCCUUUAGAUGAUCAUACAACAAUAACCUGUCAGGUGAAUAAUAAUAAUAUGUUGUUAUAUAGUCUCCUGUCAGGUGUAAUUCUUUUAGAUAAAAAUGAAACUACAAUGUUAAAGUCACAAAAACAUUGACUUGGUGGCAAUUGCUUUACUCUGCUUACAUGCUUUGAUUUCUUUCAUGUUGCUCUCCACUUUAAAAUUUAGUGCAAAAUUAAAAAAAACUGCUAAACUUGUUUCUCUUGCAUUUCUUAAUAAUAAGAUAGAAUAAAAGCCAUUCCUAAAAAUAUUUUGUGGUUAUUGAUAUUUUUUUCCAAAUGAUACUUAUAUGAUUUUUUAUAAGGUUUUAAAUCUUUUGUUUCUAUUCAAUCUUAGUAAAUGCUAUGUAAAAAAAUUGCUAAUUUUGGUUAGAUUUACUAUAAAUAAAUGUUUGUUAAUGAUGUUAUUUUACUCUCUUGAAUGGAUAAAUUGCUGCUUUAUUAAACUCAUAUUCAAAUUUUAUGGUCUUACAAGUUUUUGCAUAAUUUUGAACAAAUUUCAUAAGAGGAGACACAUGAUCUUGACACAUGCAUGCAGUGAAAAUCAUUCUAAAACUGCAUUUUCCUUUGUUUUUUAUCUAAGAAUUGUGAUUUCUCCUUGAUGUUAUGUGAUUAUUAUUGCCUUUCAACAAACUAAUCCAUCCAGAUAAAUUCUAUGCAGACAAAAAUAUCAUUCCAGAAUUUUUUUUUUUUUAAUGUAAAUAUUUGUUGUUUUGUACUGCCAAAUUUUUUAAUGGCAAUGCAUUGUUAAGAAUAUUUUAAACAUAUCGUGAAAUACAUAUUUUUGUAUUUUUCUCAGAAUUCCACAACUAUCUGUCAUCAUAUCUUUUAUAUACGAGAUUUAUCAUAUCUUGUCUCUGAUAAAUAAUUAUUAUAAUUUGUCAUAAUUCCAUAUAUUUUUGUAUGUAUAUAAUUGUUUAAUUUUUAUGAUUCAAGAAAUCCAAUGCAUAAUGCCAUAACUUUUUUGUGUAGUUAUAAUGUAAAAUAUAUUUAAACUUAUGAUUAAUUUUAUUAUUAUUAUCAUAUAUGUAUAUUUAUAUUUACCUUCUGUUUUCUUAGUUAUUUUAUUAGCUUUAUUUGGUUUUAUCAUUUGCCAACGAAGAGUGUUAUACUUGCAGUGUGCAAUAUGCAGUUUUAUAUUUUUAUGGAAAUUUGCAAUAUUAAGUAAAAGCCAGAAUCAGUAUCUUCGACGUACAGCCAGAUACAUACAGAUUAUAAUAAUUGUCUAAAAGGUAUAAUAGUCACAAGAAUAUUUGUGCAAUAACUCUUUUAUUGUAAGUCAAAACUUUAAAAAUGAUGAGAACACUAUUUGAAACUUCUCUUAACAUAACAAUUCUUACACUUGUUGCUCCUGUUCAGUAAUAUGGAAUUUUUACCUGCCAGUUCAGUACUAUAUGUCAUGAGAAGCUCGUGAUAGUUUGUCAUAUUUAUAAAGAAUCAUUUAGUUUAUCCUUUUGUAGGUGGUUAUAUAAGUUUUUAUUAUUAAUAAUUUAGCACUGGAAAAAUGUAUAACGUUACAUAACGUGGGAAAGAAUAUGUCAUAGUAAUAUUUCACCAGUUUUAUUUUUCAUUGUUAGAAUGAAUUUUGUUUUAAUUUAUUGUUGAUAAAAGAACAUUGAUGAAGAAUUUUUUAGUACACAGAUGUAAUAGUUUUAUUUGUUUUUAGAUAAUGUUACAAAAUUAACUUUAACUUUAGAAUACUACCUCCAAGAAAGAUCUUAUUAAUCAAGCAAAAAAAAUUCUAUAAUGUAGCAUUUUUUUUUUUUUAAUUUUUUCUUAAAUUGUUAAUUUUCUAAUAUUAAUUAUUUUAUAAUGUUUUCUAAAGGUUCAGAUAUCUUGGUAUAGGUACAAAUUCUCAGAUAAAGAUUGGGAGCUUUUUUGUUUAGUUUAGAAAACAUAACCUUCCUCAAAAUUUAGUUGAAUAAUUUUUUUGGUAUGAAGUUGCUGGUUGUGAUAUGUCAUUCUUUAAACAUGUGAUCUCUGUUGCUGCUUAGUACAAUGUCAGAUGCUUUAUUUAAUGUGUGAUACGCUUUGUGAUCUUGAUAUUGUGAAGAUUUUGUUAAAUUUGAAAACUUGUUUGCGACUGAUUAUUAAAAAUAGUUUUUGUAUCUACUCAAAUAGAUAAUUUUUCUCCAUAUUAAGCCUUUUUUUGGUCUAAAUGAACAAUACCCAUUACAAUUUUUACAUUCACUAAAUAAAUUGAAAAGAAGAGAUGAAGCUAGAAUGUUUCAAUACAUACAGAAUUUUGCAUGAAUUGUUACAUGCAUCAUUUGAAAUAAGAUAAUUUUUAAAAUUUUGACAGAAUUGAACCCAUUAAGAAUAUUGUGAAAAAUUACUUCAUCAAGGAAUUUAUAUCUUUUAAAUACAAAUUAAAAAAGAUUUAAUUUUGGUAUUGUCUCUAAUGACAUUCUUUUAGAAUUUGUUAUGAUUAAUUGUUGAAAGGGUAAAAGUGAGUAUGUACAGAGUUAAUGAGCAGUUUAAUACUUUCCAUUUUUUUUAUUGAAAAAAAAAUUCAUUUCUUAGCUUUAUUGUUAUAUUAUGAUAUGUUUUUUUGUUGGAUAAUUUUACUAACAAUAUACAGAGAUUAAUUGACUCAGCUAUUUUUAAAUGAUUCAGAGAAAGUUUUGGAUUAUACUAUCAGUCUUUCCUGAAAACUUACAUUUUUUUUAUCUUAAAAAUUCAAGAAUACACUUCACUUUGUAUUCAAAUUUUUAAUUUAUCCAAACGACUGAUGUUUAAAUGUCAUUAACAGAUUGUCAUGACAAGUGUUCUAUAGUAUAAUUUUAAAUGACCAUAUAGAUUUACUUUAUAUCGAAAUCUGUAAUUUGAAUGUGCCUUAUUUUACCAUUUACAUGCAUGUGCAAAUAUUUCACAGAUCAAUAAAUGUUCUUUUACAUGGUAAAA